CUCCUCUCGAACUCAAAUUCGAUUCGAUCGAUAUAGUUCGAGAAAGCCAACCACAACAACAACAAAAACCGCGAACUGAGAAACGUCGUUACUUUACGGUUUUAUUUAGCAUUCGCAACCAGUUAACCCUUUUAAAGAGCACAAUGAAUUCUGCUAGCAAGGUUGGUGAAAUUUUCACUGCUGCCGGCAACGCAUUCAACAAAUUAGGAGAACUGACUAUGCAGCUUCAUCCAACAGCCGACUCACCUGCUGGUAAAUGGACAGACGAAGAAAUUGAGAUGCUCCGGCAUGCUGUGCUAAUGUUUGGGGACGAACUUAGUCGGAUUUGUGAACAUAUCAAAGGAAAAACUGUGAGUCAAAUUAAGUCAACAUUAAAGAAAAAAGUAUUUGAAGAUGCAGGACUGCAAGUAAGACCACAAAUUCAAGCAGCAUCAGGUCAAUCAGUUAACCAACAACAGCAAUUGAUGAGCAGAGAAGUUACUCUUAACAUGCUUAAUGCUACAGAGUCUGAAGUUGACGUUGAAGGCUUAAAUGAAGAUGUCAAGCUGGAAUUUGAUGGACCCACAGAAGAAGUUGCAUCAUGAAGAGCUAUUAAAAUUCAAUGGCUAUCUGGAUAGCCAUUUGAUUUGUUUAGGUUUAUUUGUACAUAUUUCUUUUAAAACUAUGUCGUAGGACUUUACUUUCUUUAAUGUGCUGGAUCAUCAACUUUUUAAAUUGUCUCAAUCAUGCACUUCUAUAGCAUGAAACCCCAUCCUCCAACUGUAAAAUUGUCUAAUUGCAACUUCCUUUGUUUAUUUCAAAUCCAUUUUGAAUUGCCAGGCUUCAUAAAUAAAAUAGUCUUAGUUAAAUUUAGACAAAUACUGUA